ACAUCAUGUGCAUGAAAUCAGCUCCAAACACAAAAUCGCGAUGGAACGCCAAGGUCGUCCGAGCUGUUGUAGACAAGAACAUGAGGAUACAGAUGAGGAUAAGGCGGUGCAUGCGCUCAGCGCCAGAGGGCGCGGGCGGCGCCGUGGAGCGCGGCGAGGCGGGCGCCCCGCGCCGGCGCCGGCGCACGCGGCUCCCGGGCACGACAACCAGCCAGCGCGCGGCAGGUGGCAGCGGUCGUCACAGGUCAACAGGACUGGCGGCCAUAGCUGUUCGAGAUGUGGCUCCACACAUAGAAGAUUCCAGUGUCCGGCAUUUGGUCAGCUGUGUGACAGGUGCCAUGGACGAAAUCACUACUCGAGAAUGUGUCGCGUGUAUGAAAUAAGAGGGGAAUCCACCGAUGAGGAUGGUGAGACCUCCUGAUCGGUGGACCUACCCCGUUCCCGAAUCUCGUCGAAAUUAGAUUAAGUACCUACUUACCAACUAACUUAUCUUCCCAGAUUGUAAACAAUAAAAAUAUGAAUGGAUGUUAUAAAUAUAAUACAUAAAUCUCCUUAAUGAACGCACAUUAUAUACAAUGUUUAUAUAAUUGUCAUAAAUAAAUUAAAUAGUUUAAAAAUAAAAAACCUGUCUAUGUCAUGUAAUAGGUACGGUAAAUAA